AUGCACGAGAAAGCAGCUCCCCUGAAGAGCCCCGAGCCCAUGCACAGCCGUGAGAAACUGGAGGCAUCCCACAAGGAGAAGAGUUUGGAUUCCCUUGAUGGCAGCCUCCACCUGAAUGAAGCUCUGAAGGAUGAAGACCUCAAGAAAUGCCACCGGGAAGUGGCUGCUAGCAAGUACAACUCUCAGUACCACAAGCUGUUCAAGGACAUCCCGACGGAGGAGAGCGUGCUGAAAGUUUGCUCCUGCGCGCUCCAGAGAGACAUCCUCAUCCAGGGAAGGCUUUACAUCUCCCCCAACUGGCUCUGCUUCUACGCAAACCUUUUUGGGAAGGACAUCAAGGUUGUGAUCCCAGUGGUCUCCGUGCAGCUGAUAAAAAAGCACAAGACGGCUCGGCUGCUGCCCAACGGCUUGGCCAUCACCACCAAUGCCAGCAGAAAGUACAUCUUCGUGUCCCUCAUCUCCCGCGACAGCGUCUAUGAUGUCCUGAGAAGAGUCUGCACACACCUACAGGUUUCAAGUAAGAAGAGCUUGAGUUUGAAGGAGCUGACGGAGGAGCCUGAUGCCGUGUCGCUGGAGGUGAUCGUCCCGGAGGGCAAGUGGAGGAAGGUGUCCCCUGCCUCGCUGUCACUGUCGCUGCCAGAUGCCGACUACCAGUGCAUCCACCGGACCUCUGUCAGCAGCCUGAGUGCCAAGGAGAGCUCCUUCACCUCCGAGGAGCCCCUGGUUUCAGAAAGUGCAAUAAACACCGAGGAGGAGCUGGAGGUGGAGCAGAGCUGUGUGGCGGAGCUGAGACCCUCUGACUACCAGCUCCUGAAGAUCUUCAUUGUGCUCAUCUGCCUCCUGGUCGUAUCCUCCUCAUACCUGGCGUUUCGUAUCUUCCGACUGGAGCAGCAGCUCUGCUCCUUGAACCGGGACUACCUCUCCCGUGGGCACAGGAGGUGA